AUUUGCCAUCGCCGUGGCCAGGUAUCAAGGCAUGAUACCUUCUUGAAGUUGAAGCAUCGGCACGGUGGUUAUCUUUUCCACCCACCGCUAGACAACUUCAGGACGCCCAAUCCACCUGGAUAGGUCUUUGUCGCUCCCAGCUCGAUUAGGCGCACCCAGAUCCAAGAAGCUGCCGAGCUCCAGAAAAUCUCUCUUCCCGUCUUAUUUCCAAUUCAGGCAGGGGGAGUUACUCUAAUCAAUGUGUUCCUUGCAAGAAGGACACACUGUCGAAAUGGCCGUUGUUCUUCAAUCUGGCAACACUGUUGGUCUGCGUGCGGAUGGUCGACCAUUGCCAGCGCCUCGACCCACGCCUCGGAAGCUCGAGUCGACAAAAUCGCUGAGCGGAGUAGCACGUGCUGGCUUGAACGGCAAAGUUGCGUUGUCCAAGCAAGCGUCGUUUGCUUGCGGCGGUCCUUCGUCCUAUUUUGCCACUACUGCUAUCAAGGACGCGUCAGAAAACCGAAACGGAAAUGGUGCAGCUGGUGGCAGAGCACCACCACCCGCAGUCAAACCUAGACCUAAAGGAAAUGGAGCUGUCACGGUGGACAAGCCCAAAGUGGCACCACCGCCCGUAAAGAAGAAGCCACCGGUGGCUGCUCCGCCGAGUGCAGCAGCUGCCAGUCAAGGCCACGCACCCGUACCCGCUCCAGCGAACGCUGCACCUUCGAUGACUAGACACACACCGCCGUCAGCGCAUAGUCCCGAUCCGCAAGCAUCUCCCAGCAGAAAACCAAGGCCACCGCCACCGACGCGCCACCAGUCGCUGGCAUUCGCUGAUGAGAGUAAGCCACCCCCGCAAGCUGCGACACGUCCCGCGGUUUCUCCUGUCUCGGUGAAGAAAGCCGCGGAGAUGGUAAUAGCCGAUAGCUAUCAUCCACCUCCACCGCCGCCAUCGUCCGUUGUCAGCACACAGCCAGAAGCAGAAGAACUGCCACCGCCACCAGCGGUCAUGAUCGAAGAACCUCUCCCGCCGCCGCCACCGUCAAUGGAAACAACGCCAGCGCACUCCACGCAAGAGUCGCCACGGGCGCGCGCCGGUACCGGCCCCUCAGUGCAGUCUCCUCCGGGCAUUGCGCCGCGGCCGCGAAACCGCAGCCAGACGUUCACGACCAACGCUCCACCGCCCGCCACCGUCGCAUCUUCCGUCGCAACCGAGCCGAUAUCCCUGCCUCCCCUGGAGCCCAUGCCGAUCAGAAAGCCGUCCAUUGACCUGGAGAAGUACGACGAGAUCGAGUCCAUGAUCUCCGGGCUGAUGCUGGAUCUGGACGACCGGGAUUUCUUCACCAAGGCGCUGGAGGAAUACUCGGAUGAUGUCAGUACGGUAUGAAAUGGCACUGUAAAUCACUCUGCCCGCACACCUCAGAACGCGUGCGCACACUCGUACUUGUGGGCUACUUGCUAAGAUGGGAUGUGAAUGAACAACCCAGUUUUUGUCCAGUCAGCGUGCGCACCUUGUGUAAAGGUUUCCGGGCUGAAAAACUUCUGCUCCGCUGGCAACUUGAUGCCGUCGGCCGUUGCGCAUACCGGACGUGCAACGAGAUAUCCUUGAAAGUGUUGCACAACACCCCUUCCGCACAGGUUGAGGGAAGGAAGAACAUGCAUAUAACACUCCCCUCCAAACAUCCUCGAGUGCUUGACUUGUGGCGACAACGACAAUGAUCUAUGUAUGGACCGGAAGAAGUCACAGACAACGACCGUAUCAGCCUGAACUAAUAUAGUCUGAGUCCCAUGUGUACGCUUUGUGCUGAUAGUGUGUUAGUGAUUGACCUGCAUGACAUUGUACCUCUUCAAAGUAACUGAUAUCCGCAUGGCCCUGUACCCCUGUAGUACUGAGCCGACCUAUGGCUAUCUAAAUACAAUCAUGUACAUAGAACAAUCGUAUCACUCACUGUGCUCAUGCAGACCGAGCUGAGUAAUAUGCUGCUGCAGUUUUCACAAACCGCAGGGCCAUUUCCCCAACAAACAGUGCCAGGCUGACUUUAUCUUGCGCAACGGACAUCUUUUGAUAUGUUGCUUCAUCACAAGAGUGAAGAGUACUUUCAAGACGUGCUUUUGUUGGCGGAUCGAUGUAAUGGUGCUUUUUUUUUUAAGCCGCAGUAUUUGCCUCUAGCUCUGUGCCUGGCUGUCACACCAUGGUGCGUUUGUAUGACACUUGACAGAAGUACUCAUCAAAAAACAGA